AUGCAUGGAGAGGUUGUUCCUGCCAGCAAUGACAAUGGUUAUCUUCUUGACAUUUCCAAGAUCCCCAACAAGACUGAACAACAGCAUCUGCAGACCUUCGAUCAACAGUACAAAGCAUCCAAUUUCUUUGGCAUCAAGUUUUUGGGCAAGAAUGCUCAAAGGUACAUCGAAGUCUAUCCCAACAACGAGAUUGUCGAUCGCUUUGUAACCGAAGGUAUCCUCUACGAAUCUGAACAGUCAAAGAUUCAACUCUUCCCGUGCAAAGCAAUCGAUGGAGAAGGCAAGCUCAUCCAACUUUCUCUUAGGGAUAUUCCAUUCCUUCCUCAAGCUCAAUUGGUGGAAGAACUGUCUAAGGCUCUAGGAAUUUUUGGACCUCGGUCUGAAUUACGAGCAGUCUAUGGGAAGACCGCCUCUGAGGCUGAAGAAUUUUGCCAUGCAAACUUCCCGGAUAUGGCCACUUGGUGUCGCUACUGCCACGAAGAGGGCCACACGAAAUUUGAAUGUCCCAAGGCAUUGGCCCGCAUUAUAUGUUACAAUUGUAAUAACGUUGGUCAUCGUCAAGAUACUUGCCCUAAACCCAAGAAAGGAUCCUCGGAUCGUGAAUUCAAGAAGGCUCGAAAGAUCCCAUCUACCACCUCUUCUGCGGAAGCUGACAAGUCCAAGUGGGCACCAAGCAAUAUCCAGAACUCAGAUGCGGGUAAGCCACAACCCCAGGGACAGCGACAGCAGCACCAGGACCAGCAACUCGGCACUACGUCAAGUGAUCAGACCACCACAGUAACUCGGACAAUUUUGAAGCCAGAAUUCACGGCAGAGAAGCAGGCAGGUCCCACAGAUCAAACUAACACCCCAGAGGUCAAGCCUAUGUCUAAGGACGUGGAUACUGACGAUGAUGAUUACAUGCCAUCAGCAAGCGAAUCCGAGAACGAGGCAGAACUGAUGAGCGACAUUGAAGCGACUGACGACGAAGUCGCCAACCUCCAGCGUGAACAGGAGGAACAUCCAGCACACAUGACUUUUGACAAUGGUGAUAGCAACACCAACGACAACACCACGGUAGCUUCUCCCGCAAAUUAUAAUGAUUCUACGGCUCACCACCAGAAAUUUCUAGUGAAAGUAGGCCAUCCACAAACACAAUCAUCAUACCUCCACCACAUUCGACUUCAACAGUUCAACAUAGUAUCAUUCCAAGAAACUCACGCUACUGAUACUACUAUUACUAUAAUUGAAUUACAACUACAAGCUAAACAAUAUUUAUGGACAUACUAUUGCGGUAUUGCCUCCUUCUCUUCAGAUUUUAUACUGACCAAGAUUGCUACUAGUCACCUAUAUGAUUCUGAUAGAUACACACUUUGCAAGGUUCAUCACCCUCACAACUUUUAUGAACCCUUUUACAUACUCAACUUAUAUGCACCAGCAACUUCUGACAGUCGCCCUCGACAGGAAUUCUUCAAGUCAAUCUACAGCCUGCUCUCAACCCUUUCUGAGACCAUCGAUCUCGAACGACUACUGAUAUCAGGGGACUUCAAUUAUGAUUAUGUGCGGGACAUUACCAAUGCCACUCGUAUUGUCAAGACAUUGCGGAAUUGGUUGGGUUAUUUAGAUCAGCACUUCCACAACCGCUUGAUCCUUAACGACAUGGAUUCGGUGCCAACUUAUCAACAUGCCUUAUCCACCAUCGAUUUUAUAUACGCUGGACAUGCGCUACGACACUUGCUGAGCGAUGCGAACGUUGGAUUUAUUCCUCCCUCUUGGUCGGAUCAUGCCAUCCUUGAAGUUACUCUCAAACUUGGAAAAUCCAAACUGGGCCCAGGACUUUGGAGAGGCAAUCCAUGUUACGCUAACAACCCAACAUUCAGGAAACAGCUGAAAGAGAAAAUCAACACAGCCAUGGAUACAAUAGACGUGGAUAUGACACCGCAGGAAUAG